GUUUACCGAAGAAGAAAAUCAGCCAAUCGCGUUCCAAUGUCUGGUCAACGUAUCCGCUGCCGAAAAGAGUGGAAAUAAAUCGUGUUUGAAAUGGCUUAACAUUUUAUUUAAUGCGUAUUAAGAAAACGUUAAUGUCAUGGAGAUUUUAAUUGUUUGGAUAGCGACCUUAAACAACCUAAAUUGGGUCUUUUUGUUUUCGUUGUGACCCACAGAACCUACUGCAGUCAACAUGUCCUGGUCGUGGUUCCUAACUUGUCGCCGCUAUUUUAACCGGGUGGUUCCUCUCAAUGGAUUUCGUUACCCCGCUCCGGCGUCAAGACUACGGACUCGACACCGGCUCGACUCCGCCUUCAGCAGACGAUGUACCACCACGGCGCCAGGCGAUGUACGGGUCAGGUUCGCCCCAAGCCCGACAGGUUUUUUGCACCUCGGAGGCCUCCGCACAGCUCUGUACAAUUACAUCUUUGCCAAGAGGUACGGCGGCUCGUUCAUCCUGCGCCUGGAGGACACGGAUCAAAGCAGACUGGUACCAGGGGCGGCUAAGGCCAUCGAGGAUAUGCUAGAGUGGGCAGGUAUACCUCCAGAUGAGAGUCCAGUUCGAGGCGGGCCACUUGGUCCGUACCAGCAGUCAGAAAGACUGGACCUGUACAGACAGGCGGCGUCGCAGCUGCUGGACAACGGCCACGCCUACCGUUGUUUCUGCACCCCCCAGAGGCUGGAGCUGCUCAAAAAAGAAUCUCUUAGGAUCGGACAGACUCCCAGGUAUGACAACCGGUGUCGACACCUUCGGGACGAGCAGGUCCAGGAGAAGCUGGCCAAGGGAGCGCCCCACGUCAUCAGGUUCCGUCUGGAGGAGGGAGUGGAGCCCUUUCAGGAUCUCAUCUUUGGGUGGAAUCGUCACAAGGUGGCGCAGGUGGAAGGUGACCCCGUGGUUAUAAAAGCAGACGGUUUCCCCACCUACCACCUCGCUAACAUAGUGGACGACCACCACAUGAAGAUCAGCCACGUACUUCGGGGCUCAGAGUGGCUGAUCUCCACUUCCAAGCACCUCCUCAUGUACCGCGCCCUCGGAUGGCAGCCGCCCGCCUUUGGACAUCUGCCGCUGUUGACCAACAAGGAUGGCAGUAAACUAUCCAAGAGGCAGGGGGACAUAUUCAUCCAAAGAUUUCAGCAAGAUGGCAUCCUGCCGGAGGCUCUGCUGGACAUCAUCACCAACUGCGGCUCGGGCUUCAGCUCCAAUCGAGUGGGACGAAGGUUAGAUGAGCUGAUCUCCGAGUUUAACCCUUCCAAGAUCACCACGCACUCUGCACUGCUUGAUCUCGAAAAACUUCCAGAGUUCAACAAAAUCCACUUGCAGGAUCAUAUUGAAGAUGAGAAGCUAUGCAAUUAUCUAAUAAAGGAUCUGCAGGGACAAAUCCGCGAGGCCUACACGAGCGAGAUUCAGGAUGAAGAUGUCCUGCAUGAGGAUUACAUCAGGCGGGUUCUACACUUGCGCAAGGGCCACAUAUCCACUUUGCGGGAGCUGGUGAGUCCCGCUUACUCGUACCUGUGGGUGCGUCCUUCCUUCUCCAGUCAACAGGUGGCAGCACUCUCCGCAGAGGCCCGGCACGUCGCCGCGCUGGCGCUCACAUUAGCAGAGAAGCGAGGAGAGGCGGCGGCCGUGGAUGAAAUCAACAAAGAUUUGAAGACCCUGGCCAAGCAAACCAAAGGCACCAAAUACAGAGAUGUGAUGAUGCUCUUACGUCUGACUCUCAGUGGACUGCAGCAAGGACCCAGCGUGGCGGAGAUGAUGGUGGCUUUGGGGCCCGUGGAGUCCAUCCAUCGAAUCCAGAAGCUUCUUCUGAUGGACGAGCCAAGCUAGCCAUCCCGGAAGUCCAGGAUGUGACUUUUUUUUGUUUUGGACAGAGCUUUUGUGGGACAUUAAUUGACGCAAGCAAAACGAACUACUGAUUGAAGUAAAAAAGUUGGAAUUAUUUACGUGAACGACUGUUUGCAAUUUGCUACGGCCGAUUGUAUUUAGCCUCCUUCCUGUACAGUAAAAAGUGUGACCAGUGUGAUUAGUGUAAGCGUGAUGAAGUAAUUGGUGCAUGUGAUUAAAAUUGCAGUGUCGCCAGAAUAGACAA